GUUGCGUUAUCAGCUUCCAGUCACGGUGCGCUGUGUUCAUCCUGUGUGCUGUUACUGCUGUUUGUGUUACUGCUGUGUGUUUGUGUCUAAUUGGUCGAAAAUGAAGGAAUUAUUAAGUGAAGUGUAAGAUUAAAGGGUAUGCUCAUCUAAAAUCCUCAAGGAAAAGAAAUUCCGUGAGGCGUAAAACCAGACAAGAACCACAAAGCCAGCUGAGGGACAGAGAGGAGGAGUAAGACAGUCAACCAGCAGCCGGGAGAGGAAACAACCGUCACACAGAUGAGGCUGGUGGAGUGGCUUGGAGGUGGAGGAGGAGGAGGAGGAGGAGGAGGAGGAGGAGGAAGAGGACACAGCAGAGAGGAUGGACAAGGACAGGAAAGAGAAGGAAAACAUAGCAGAAUAGAUGAGAGGGAAGGAAAACACAGCACAGAUGAGAGAAGAGAAAGAGAGGAAACAGAAGGAAAACACACAAUAGAGAAUAAAGGAAAAUGCAAAGGAAAAGAGGAAAUUACAGAAAGACAUACAAGAGAAGAGAGAAAAGAAGGACAAGAAGAAAAAUGCAAUGAAGGGGAGGAGAAAGAAAGGAAAGAUAGCAGAACACAUGAACGAGAAGGGAAACAAAGCAUCAAGGAAAGAAUAGGAGAGGAAAGAGAAGAAAAACACAGCAAAAGAGAAGAGAGAGGAGGGAAAAAUGAAGGAGAAGAAAUUAGACAAACACACAUGAAUGAAAAGAGAGAAGAAAGAGAACAAAGAGAAAGACAACAAGGAGGAGGAAAACAAAUAAGAGAAGAGAAAGGAGGGAAAAACAGAGAAACAGAUGACAGAGAAGGAAAACAAGGCACAGAAGGAGAGGAAAGAGAAGGAAAACCUAUCAGAAGAGAGGAGAUAGAAGAAAAACACAAGGAAAAAGAAAUGAGAGGGGGAAAACAAAGAGAGAAUAGGGAAAACUACAAAGGAUUAGGAGGAUGUGGGGGAAAAUUACUCCUGGUUUUGUUGAUGGUGGUAUUUGUAGCAGUAACAGCACAGCCUAACCCUUUCGAUGAGGAUGAUGACGAGCUGGCAUUUUCCCUCAACCGCCUGUACAGAGACUCCAAGGAUGCCAUAGAUCCCCACAACAUGCUGCCGGAGCCGGGGGGACGGAGGUACACUGGCCGGCCUCGGGGCAUGGCUUGGGGUCCGGGGGAGGAAGAUACAGAGGAAGCACCACCAGGCAGUGAGGGGGAGGAGGAGAAGGCAUCUGGGGAGCUGAAAAACUGUGUAGGUCGUCUCAUCUCCCUGCAGAACUCCCUUGAGGAGGAGCAGGCUACAUCCCUCAAGUUACAGAAGAUGCUGGCCAAGGAGGGCGUGCUUGAUCUACAGGCUUUCUACAGACGCGCAGUUCAACAUUUAUGGAAUACUCUGAGGCUGCAGGAGGCCCGGGAUAUCCUGAAGGAGGGAAACGCAGCGCUGGUGAGGCAGGUGAGCGUGAGGAUAACACAGGACAACUUGGAGGCCCUGGAUGACUACCUGAAGAGCAAGGCUGAUCCACAUAAGGUUGAUGAGUUCCUGCAGCAAGGGUUCACGCUGGAGACGCCGCCCUCUGAGUCGUCCCCGUCACUCCUGCAGUCAGCCGUCACCCUAGGCCAUGCUGUCAUCCACGCCGGCAAGAGUCUGGAGGUGUGGCUGUGCAUGCUGUGUGGUGGCUUUGUGGUGCUGGCGAUGUGGGCUGUGGUGCUGUUCGUGAGGGACAUACAGAGGGAGCUGCGAUGGGGCUGUGUCCUAGGCAUGAUGGCUACGGUUGUUUUCUUCAUCUGCUGUUUGUGGCACUGGAGGCACAUGUACAAGAUGGCAGAGUCGCGGCGCCAUGCUGAGCUGGCCAAGAGGGGCUACACUGGCAUCCCUGAAGAGUGCCAGCCGGGUGCCAGGUCCUCAGCUGGCAAUGUUUAUGAUUGGGUCAAGGUCAACCUCUUUGGCAGUCCUGAUGUCUGUGAGAAGUACUUUGAACAACUAAUGAUUGAUGCCAUUGAGGAAAUCACGCCAGGGAUGGUGAUUGCUGAAACGGUGUCCAGGUUCCUCUUCCAGCCCCUGCAGCACCUCGGGACAGAGAGCGGCAAACUCACCACCAAUUUUUACAAAAACGUGCCGCCGGCGUACCACCUGCAUGCCACAGCGCUGUUCCUAGGCCUGCUGGUGGUAGUGCUGUUCUACGGGUGUGCUUAUGGCAUUGACUUCCCCCUGGGGCUUGGCGGCUACCGACCAAUGGCAAGGCAGGAGUCGACGUGGGGCAGGGACAGGGCGGGGCUAGGACGGGAGGCGGUGGAGCAGCUGAAUAGAGACAGAGAGAAGUUUUUAGAAGAGUCAAGGCGAAUGCUUACUGACAUAGCCAAGGCAGCUGAGGGCACGAAGGUUCCGCAGCAGCAGCUGGUGGUGACUUCCUCCGGCAUCCUAGAGGUGCAGCUGGAGCGCCUCAUCUCCCGCCACCUGGACCGUGCCAUGGAACAGCAGGGUGGGGUGCCAGCCAGCCCAGGGGUUCACACCAUCACCUCCACGCCCCUCAGGCCCCAGGGCACCACCAAGGCCGUGGUGCAGCAGAGCAGCCCUGAGCAGCAAAGCCCUGAGCAGCAGAGCCCUGGACUGCUGAGUGACUUCUCCUCCUCCUCCUCCUCUUCCUCCUCGUCCUACUCCUCCAAGGGCCAGCAGGGCCCAGUGGUGGUGAACGAGCGUGGGGACUUCCAGGCCAUGCUGGCAUCCACUGAUGCGGUGCACCGCCGCGUGGCCGGCACCCCCGCUGUGCGGUGCCUGCCACCUCGCACCUCCUCCCGCAGCAGCAGCACCAACACCAGCGCCGCCAGCACACCCACCGCCAGUGAGGCCGGUAGCCCCUCUGCACGCCGCAAGAAGGGCAGCAAGUUCCUGAGGAUGUUCCGGAGCGCCGAGGUGCCGCCCAGCCCCAAACCCUCCCCCUCCGCCAGCACGCAGUCCCUGAGCCACGGCGACCUGGAUGAGCCGGACCUGGGUGCCCCACCAGACAACAGCAGCUUCCUGGCCGAGGUGCGCAGCGUGCUGGACCUCUCCACUAACUCAGAGCACCCCAGUCCCCCCAGCUCCCCCAGCCCCCCCAGCCAGGACUGGAGCACUGAGGACAGGCAGGUGUCAGUGUCCUCACCCCCUCCAUGAAGACCUGCUGCCACGCCACAAGACAGGUGCGGCGGCGGCGGCAUCUCCCAGCCUGGGCCGUGAGCUGUGGGCCUUGAGCCAUUCUCCCCUAAGCCAUGUAAACACACACGCGCCAAACUAGCCAUAAGAGCCGCUCAGCACUGCAUACACGCUGCCAAACGGUGAUGUCAAUGUGUGUGUGUGUGUGUGUGUGUGUGUGUGUGUGUGUGUGUGUGUGUGUGUGUGUGUGUGUGUGUGCUUGCAACUGUGUUCAGGGCAUUUAUUGUUGUUUUGAGGCACUUAAUGUAGGUCUUUCAUAAUUUUACUGUUUGUGCGUGUGUGUGUGUGUGUGUGUGUGUGUGUGUGUGUGUGUGUGUGUAUCAGAUGGUCAUACAGACUCAAGAAAAUUAGAAUAAGUAAUACAUAGUUGUAACAUCCUGGGCAACAUUGCUGUGCAUUGACUGCUCUGUGCAGUGCAGUGUGCUGCUCACCUUGUGUGUGUGUGUGUGUGUGUGUGUGUGCUAAAGUUGACCUCAGGACAGUGUAUUGCAGGUAUCUUACAAAUAUUAAUAUGAAUACUCCUCUGCGUGUGUGUGUGUGUGUGUGUGUGUGUGUGUGUGUGUGUGUGUGUGUGUGUGUGUGUGUGUGUGUGUAAUCAAAAGGAAUACAAAAAUCAAUAGUUUGUUUAUAUCAGCAGUCUUGGAAAGUUGUCUGGUGGUUUGUUUGCCUGUAAUUGUUUUACAAGAAUAUAAACAUUUAUAACUUUU